CCCUCCAUAUCAUGUGAUUCAGGUGUUCCAAUCCCCUCCAUAUCAUGUGAUUCAGGUGUUCCAGUCCCCUCCAUAUCAUGUGAUUCAGGUGUUCCAGUCCCCUCCAUAUCAUGUGAUUCAGGUGUUCCAAUCCCCUCCAUAUCAUGUGAUUCAGGUGUUCCAAUCCCCUCCAAUCAUGUGAUUCUGGUGUUCCAAUCCCCUCCAUAUCAUGUGAUUCAGGUGUUCCAAUCACCUCCCUAUUAUGUGAUUCGGAUGUUCCAAUCCCCUCACUAUUAUGUGAUUCAGGUGUUCCAAUCCCCUCCAUAUCAUGUGAUUCAGGUGUUCCAAUCC